AAAAUUGUUUAUUUCCAACCAGUUUGUUUAUUCCCGUGAAAUUUUCCCGGUUUUCAAAGUUUUCUGCUCUAAUAUCCGGCUUCGUCGGUCCGGAGGACGAUGGCCAACCGUACGGUGAAGGACGCGAAAAAUGUACACGGCACCAAUCCGCAAUAUCUGAUCGAGAAGAUCAUCCGCUCGCGUAUCUACGAUUCCAAGUACUGGAAGGAGCAAUGUUUUGCUCUGACGGCGGAACUGCUGGUGGACAAAGCGAUGGACAUCCGCUACCUGGGUGGGGUUUUCGGUGGCAACAUCAAACCGACACCGUUCCUAUGUUUGACGCUCAAGAUGCUACAGAUCCAGCCGGAGAAGGAUAUCGUGGUGGAGUUUAUCAAGAACGAAGAGUUCAAGUAUGUGAGAGCGCUGGGGGCGUUCUAUUUACGGCUGACGGGUUCGUCGUUGGAUUGCUACAAGUAUCUGGAACCGUUGUACAAUGACAAUAGAAAGUUGAGACGCCAGAAUCGGAUGGGACACUACGAGUUGGUUCAUAUGGAUGAGUUUAUCGACGAGUUACUGCGGGAGGAACGCGCGUGCGAUAUAAUUUUGCCUCGCAUUCAGAAGCGGCACGUGCUGGAGGAGAAUAAUGAGUUGGAACCGAAGGUGUCGGCGCUGGAUGACGAUCUGGACGAGGAGAUGCCGAGUGACGAUGAAAAUCUGGAGGAGAUGGCUGAAGCGUUGAAGGCAAAGGAGAAAGAGAAGAAACUGGAGACGAUUCGGAUUAGGGACGGUGGGAAGCGGGACCGAUCCGAGUCGAGGGAACGACAGCAGGUGGAGAAAGUGAAGGAGCCGAGAGAGCAUAAGGACCGUGGAGUGGAUCGGUACCGGGACUACGAUAGGGGACGGGAGCGGGACUACGACAGAAGGGAACCCCCGUCGGAUUAUCGCUACAAAGAGCGAGAAGUACGCGAAAAAGAUCGCGAUCAUCAGAGAAGACAUGAUCGUGAAAGAAUGGACGAUCGAGACCGGGACCGUGAUCGAAGGCACGGCGAAAGAGAGCGCGAUCGGGAGAGGAAUCGAGACCGGGAACGCGACAGGGACCGUGAUCGGAGGGACAGAGACUACGAACGGGACCGCGAUCGAGAUUACGAUCGACGUCGUCGAUAAAUGUAUGUGUUUAGUUGCAUUGUCUCCUUUCUUUG